UCUUAUCCUACGCUACCCGUUCCUCCUAUGUAUAUAAGUAAAUUAAAACCUCGACUACUUUGCUGUAUGUUUAUUUAUUUUUGCCCCUUUAUGUUUAUCGCUCCCAGGAAGAAUAUUCCCUCCCCUGUAAGAGAAAAUACCCAUCAAUUCCUCAGUGCAACACAGAAGAGGGAGAAAAUAUGGUGAAUGUGACUGUUAUAUGGAGAGGAAACAAGUAUAUGGUGGAAAUGGAUUCUGGUGCAAAUCUCAAGGAGCUAGGCGAUGAGCUGCAGAAGUUGACUGAUGUUAAGCCCGAUACUAUGCGCCUCAUUGUUCCCCAAUUGUCGGGCAAAGGCUCGCGAAUGCUUCACCCUUUCUCAGAUGAGCAUUCAUGCUUAAGUUUGCAAGAGGCUUCAGUUUUCAUGGGAAAAUCUGUCAGGAUGAUGGGGGUACCAGAGGAUGAAGUUGACCGAGUUAUACAAAACUCGAAGGUAGACAUGAGAAUAAUUGGAUUCAGUGAAGAGGAAAGGAGACUGAGGCAGCGAAUGUCAGAUGGACCCUCCAAUGUUCCAAUAAGACUUCCUCAAGGACCUUAUAUCUUUUGUGAUUUUCGCACUCUUCAUAUUCCAGGAGUAGAGUUACACCCACCAGCUUCUGAGGCAUUAAAAAGGAUGCACAUGCUUGCUGCAGACCCUGGAAUCAUUGCUAUCAUGAGCAAGCAUCGAUGGCGUGUAGGAGUAAUGACUGAGAUGGCUCCAGUUGGUUAUGUUGGUGUGAGUCCCAAAUGCAUUCUAGGCUUUAAUAAGAAUCAUGGAGAAGAAAUAUCUCUCCGUCUUCGAACCGAUGACCUCAAAGGAUUCAGGAAAUAUGAGAGCAUAAAAAAAACUCUUCUACAUGAACUUGCUCAUAUGGUAUUUUCUGAACAUGAUUCAAAUUUUCAUGCCCUUGAUAAACAGUUGAAUGAAGAAGCUGCUAGCCUAGACUGGACCAAAUCUAGGGGCCACGCUUUAAGUGGAAUCAGACACUCGGAGAACUAUGAAGAAUAUUAUGUUGAAGAUGGCAGAAAUUCUCAGAAGGUUGGUGGAAAUAUGUCAACUUCGCUGGAAAAUGCCCGUGCCUCUUCCGUAGCUGCUGCUUUUCGUCGUCUGAUAAACACUCCUGCCAAUGUGGAUGCAUCUGAAACACAUGAUGAGCCAGAACCUGAUGAUUCUGAGUUGGUUAUGCAUGAUGGAGAUGAAAAUCUAGAUAUUCAAAGUCAAAUUAGGGCUCAGGGGAAACAUGCUUAUGAAUUAGAUCCUGAUGGCCUUGCUGACAAUCAAAACAAGUUUGAGCCUGAUCCGGAUGAUUUGCUUCAUGCUGAAACUCUGCAACUGAAACAUCAUUCUGAAUCCACUGAAAACAGUUCUCAAUCUCAGAUGGCUCUUGGGAAAUCAACAGCCAUGAGUUCAAAUGAAGAGCCUGAUCCUGAUGAUUCCGGUGCUUCUUCAAGUUCUGGAAAUGUGGUUGAACCUGUGGUGAUGCCAGUUCUGGACACCAAGAUUCAGACAAGUGAGACCAUAGAUGAGCCAGAUCCUGAUGAUGUAGAAGCACAAUCUAGCAUUUCGGGAUGUGUGAACAGAGCAAAUUAUGAUCCUCGUCAUCACAUAACAACUGAAACCUUGGAAGAUCAAGCACAUUUCAACCAAGGUUAUAAAGAACCUGAUCCUGAUGCUAAAGCAAAUGAAAUAGUACAAGCAGAGCCGGAUCCAGAUGAUAAGCUAUUACCACAAUUGGGAAUAUCCAAUAUGAAAAUUGAUGAGCCAGAUCUGGAUGAUCAAGAAUUACAGAGAAUUCAAGACUCUGUGUCUGGUAUUUGUAGCCGUCUGCAAAAGGCCAUUGAGAUGUUGCGGGCUGAAGUUAAUCCCACUGAGGCAACUGUUGUUCUGCAAACUCUUUUUAAGAUUAUUAGAAAUGUGAUUGAACACCCAGAUGAAAUGAAAUUUAGAAGACUUCGGAAGGCCAAUCCUAUAAUCCAAAGAAAUAUUGCAAAUUACAAAGCUGCCAUGGAAAUUCUUCUUUUGAUUGGUUUCAGUGAAGAUGUUAUAUUGGAUGAAAUUGGGAAAGCAGAAACUUACCUAGUGUUAAAGCGGAACGACCCUGGUCUUUUAUGGCUAGCCAAGUCCUCCCUUGAAACAUGUAUUGCCUACUAGUUUUAUUAUAAACCUUUGAUGUGUGUUAAUAUAUACGGUUAAAAGACAUUCAAAAUGGUGAAGAAUUUGCAUAAGAGGUCAAUUGUGAAAUUGUGUGAAUGAACAGACACAGAUAUAGAUACGGGAUUCUGCGUACUUGUAUGGUAAUAAUUCCAGAAAUUAUUUGUAAAGAGCUAACUUGGGUUGGAAAUGUUGCAAGUCAAUGAUGUAAAUAUCUUUUCUUUUGUACUCUAUUUUUAUAGGAUGAUAUGAGCAGAGACAUAUAUUUAUCAA